UGUUUUGAACUUUGCGUGGUCCUGCUUCCUACUAUCUUGUAGCUAUGGCAAGUCGGAAAAAAACGCAAUUAAACCAAGACAGCGGGGACAAAUACUCAGUAUUACUGCCUACGUACAACGAAAGAGAAAACCUGCCUCUGAUAGUUUGGCUUUUGGUAAAAUAUUUCGGAGAAAGUGGAUAUGAUUAUGAGAUUAUCGUCAUUGAUGACGGAAGUCCAGAUGGGACACUGGAGGUGGCGGAGCAGCUGCAGAAAAUUUACGGCAAAGAUAAAAUAAUUCUAAGGCCGAGGGCAAAGAAACUAGGCCUUGGCACGGCCUACAUCCACGGCAUGAAGCACGCUACCGGCAACUUCAUCAUCAUCAUGGAUGCAGAUCUUUCCCAUCAUCCCAAAUUUAUCCCUCAGUUUAUUGAGAAGCAGAAGGAGGGGGAUUAUGAUCUCGUGUCUGGUACUCGUUACAAAGGAGACGGAGGAGUUUACGGUUGGGAUCUGCGCAGAAAACUCAUCAGUCGAGGAGCAAACUUUUUGUCUCAGGUGUUGUUGAGGCCCGGUGCUUCGGACCUCACAGGCAGCUUCAGGUUGUACAAGAAGAAAGUGUUGGAGAGUCUGGUGGAGCGGUGCGUCUCCAAAGGCUACGUUUUUCAGAUGGAGAUGAUCGUUCGAGCCAGGCAGCUCAGCUACACCGUCGGAGAGGUUCCCAUCUCCUUUGUGGACAGAGUUUAUGGAGAGUCGAAGCUGGGAGGGAAUGAGAUCGUGUCGUUUGUGAAAGGACUGCUCACGCUGUUCGCCACGACGUGACCAACGCUGAGAGAGCGUGUCUGCCACGCUUCAAGCUUGGCUUUCACUCAGAGCUUUUACCAGAACGACCACAAAGAGAAAAGGUUUCAUCGUUUUUUUCACUUCAUGUGUAAAAUACUGUUUGUGUUAGCAGCUAAAUAACGAGUAGUCUUCAGAAAACCAAAGAGAAACAGUGCUUUGUGUAGAAACCUCUUCAUUCCCAGGAUGCUUAGUAACAUUUCCACAAGUAAUUGUUUGUAAAAAUUAAAACGUUUGCAUUA